AUGCAUUUGAAAAUCUUCAGCCAAUCCUUUUUUGAUCUUUUAAUAUUGCCCACAUGUGGAAACGUACCCUGUAUUCUUUUGCCGGGAUUCGUUGAUGGUCACUCUCAUCCAGUUUUCGCCGGUGACCGAGUGCAUGAGUUCGCUAUGAAACUCGCCGGAGCUACAUAUAUGGAGGUGCAAGCUGCUGGAGGUGGAAUUCACUUCACGACAGCGAAAACUCGUGAAGCAUCUGAAGAGUAUCUUAAAGAAGAAUUCAAAAAAAUCGCCAAUGUAAUGCUCCGAAACGGUACCACAACACUGGAGGCAAAGAGCGGGUAUGGACUGGACACAGAAAGCGAGCUGAAGAUGCUGCGCGUUCUAUCUAGCGUCAACGAUGAGGUAGAGGUGGAGAUUUCGGCCACGUUUUGUGGAGCUCAUGCUGUUCCGAAGGGUUCUACUGAGGAACAGCACGUGAAACUGAUCUGUGAAGAAAUGCUGCCGGCGAUCGAGAAGGCCAGACAAACCGGUCUUCUAAAAAAUCUCGAGAAUAUCGACGUAUUCUGCGAAAAGAACGUUAUCGAAGUGAGCAAAAUUUUGAAGGCCGGAAAGCAAAUAGGGCUGGAAGCAAACUUCCACGCUGAGGAACUGUCGUAUAUUGGUGGAGCCGAAAUGGGAGCUGCCAUCGGUGCGCGCGCAAUGUCUCAUCUGGAGAAGGUUUCACCGGAGGGCAUCCGUGCAAUGGCCGAAUCCAAAUCAUGUGCUGUUUUAUUGCCUUCGACAGCUUUGAUUCUUCGCCUACCUCCGCCGCCUGCCAGAAAAAUGAUCACAAGUGGCGUGAUCGUCGCGUUGGGAUCCGAUUUCAAUCCAAAUGCAUACUGCUUAUCAAUGCCAAUGAUAAUAGCUUGUGUAUACUUUGGUCUGAGUAUGGAAGAAGCGCUGACAGCGGCCACCCUGCACGCAUCGUAUUCUCUCGGUCGAGGACAAACCCAUGGUGCGAUCAGCGUUGGUAGACGAGGCGAUUUUGUCGUCCUAGGCGGAGAUGUCACCUCUUGGAAGCAUAUCAUCUAUCGCAUGGCUGCUCACGACACCGUAAUCUCGCAUGUGGUGAAGGCGGGCCGAGUUGUCUACACCGCCGCGACCACUAACUAA